GCCACCAUGACCUCUGACCUGAUCCAUCUGCGUGAGCGCGACCGAGCAAGCAGCGAGGCAGAGAAUCUGCCCCCGCCCCAACCGGCUGACGGGCACCACUGCGCCGCAUUCCUGCACGCCGGGCGCCGGGCGCCAGGCGCCCGCACCACCAUCCACCAUCGCGUGCAUGGACCAGUGCAGUUCCUUGGGUGCGGUUUGAUAUUGUCGAGGCAGGUCAAGUCCUGGCCGCGGUUCUCCAAGCUGCCAUCCAAUUCAAUGGUGGCCAACGUGGGGAACAAGCUCCGCAAAGGCCAAGCUGGUUCUUCUUGGAGAUGUGGUUGCUGGCAAAUAUAGCUUGGUUCUUCGGAUUGUUAAGGGAUAGUUUGGUGAAUUUCAGGUGAACCUAUAGAAAUACUUGUGCUGAGAGACAAAGACUGGAUCAUUAGCUUUUGGCGUCGUCGACUGACGACCAGCCUGAGCAUCCCUCGCACGACAACGAUGACGACAAAGACGAUUCAGCGGCGGCGGUAUCCCCAUGACAAUCUGAGGAUGACGAGCAUCAAUACGUGAGAUCCGUGGCGCUCGCAGUGUAAGCUCUUCUGCAGCUGUAAUGACUGCUAACGUUCAGGUAUAGCUGCUUUUGAUGCCAUGCCAACGUGUAUAUGUGCUUCUGGGUUCCUUGUGGCAAUAUAUUAUCUGUAUCAAUGAUGGUUGUGAGGUAACCUGCUUGUUAUAAAUUGCACUAAAGCUGCUAUGUGGUGGUUUGUUUAUCUUGGGGUUCCUUCUAUUAGAUGGCCGCAAAUUCAGAUAAAGUUAAAAUGGUUAACUGCACAUUCUUAGGUUCUGUAAGAGCUCUAUGCAUAGUAUGUCGUUCUUGGAAUUGAGGCUACCGUGUAUUCCUUGAUAAUGGCAACAAUCAAGUGGAACUGGAAUAAAUGAAAAAAUGGAGCUGCAGCCUUGCCUUUUCAGUUA